AUGGACUCCUCAAGAUCGGCCCUCGAAAACUCGGACCUCGAAAAGCUCAACGACAAAGAUAAGCUUGAACUCCGCCAGUUCCUCGCCAACGAGCAACAGAGAUCCCAGAUUCAGUCACAAACCCAUGCGCUUACCGAGAUCUGCUGGAAGAAGUGCGUCACAGGCUCGAUCCGGAACUCCAAACUGGACAAGGGCGAAGAGGGAUGCCUGGCCAACUGUGUUGACAGAUUCCUUGAUGUCAACUUUCUGACAAUGAAGCACCUCAACAACAUGCGCUCUGGUUAG